UCCUUCUCUUCUGAUGGCGGCUCUAUCCACAGAGGGUUUGUGACCACGGUCCUGAGCUGUGUGUUUCAAUCAGCUGCUCGGAAUGCGUUGAAUUCAGUGGCAUCAGACGCGAUGAAGUGCGUGAAGUUCGUCGACGUGGAGCGCGCUCUCGGCGGUCAUCGCCUCCUCCAGCCGAAGAACUUCAUAACGACCCUGUGUGUAGGCAUCUUAUUCGGCUUCGGAACCGCCUAUGUAGCUCUCUGCGUCAUCUCGCUGCGGCCUAUCGGUCCGAUCUCAAAUGCAAUUCUACCGGCCAUGUCCGGAGACAUGGCAACCAGUGUGCCCGCGCGAAGAUCUCUAGUUUUUCCACGCUCUGUAUAUCAGCACAUCAGCGAUCCACACGCCGGAAACUCCCUUCACAUGGAGGAGGACGCUCCGGAAUCACCAGUCAGUCUCCACGACCAUGGAGAUCACGGAGAUAUCGCCAAAGAUCUAGCCAAGAAGGUCCGUCUUCUGUGUUUCGUUCUCACGUCCCCACAGACCCACUGGUCAAAAGCCGCUCACGUGAAAGCAACGUGGGGGAGACGCUGUGAUCAUCUGCUGUUCAUGAGUUCUGUCAAAGACGACAAGCUGCCUUCGAUUGCGCUCCCUAUCGGCCACGAGGACCGAGAGCAUCUGUGGGAGAAAACGAAACUAUCCCUCAGUGAGAUUUACGACAACUAUCGCGACAAAGCGGAGUGGUUUCUCAAAGCGGACGACGACACUUACAUCGUGGUCGAGAAUCUCCGCUAUUUCCUCAGCGGCCAGAACUCGUCUGAUCCCAUUUAUUUCGGACAUCGGUUCCGUCCCUUCGUGCCGCAGGGUUACAUGAGUGGCGGCGCUGGCUACGUGAUGUCAAAGGAAGCACUUAGGAGAUUUGUUGAAGACGGCUUACGGAAUGAAAACACCAAAUGCCGCCGCGAUCACAAAGGAGCUGAGGAUGUUGAGCUGGGAAAGUGUUUCUACGACCUGGGGAUCGCGGCAGGUGAUUCCCGCGACGAAGGAGGUCGCGGGAGAUUUUUCCCUCUCGCGCCCGAAGCUCACAUCAUACCGGGCCACAUGCCGCCAGAUUUCUGGUUCUGGAACUACACCUACUACCCUGCAAAAAAUGGCAUGGAUUGUUGCUCCGACACGGCGAUAUCAUUCCACUAUGUAUCACCGAACAUGAUGUAUAUCAUGGAGUAUUUAUUGUAUCACUUGCGACCUUUCGGCGUCGAUCACUAUAUCGCACCUGUCGAUAAUCCACUGCGAGGUGACCCGAAGGACAGCGUUCAACUCAAAUCGUGAUGAAAGUCAUCGGAAGCAAUUCCGUUUUUCAUGUUGUAAAGCAACAGAAACAUACGUGCAACUAGUCCAAACUUAAAAGCCAACAUCAAACAAUUGUGCUCGCAAGUCAUCGAGUUUCGGGUUCCUCUCGAUUCCCCCCGAAGGGAUGAGAAGAUGCGAGCGAGAGAGACAGUGAAAAUGUCUUUCGGAGAGAAAUGACCAGAGAGUAUUGGUUCUGCUCCUGAACUCGAUUUUCAGUUCGAGAAUCCCUUACGGGAUUCGGGCGGAGGAACGUGGUUCGG